AUGAAUAAUAGAAAUACAGGCUCCAUUGUCCGGCUUUCCCCGGAUACCUACAGUAUCGAUGAUCCAGAGGCCAUUCGUCAAAUUUAUGGUGCUGGAUCAGCCUUCACGAAAGCUCCAUUCUACUACGCUUUUGGAAACCCAGACAAAAUCCAUGCAGACUUGUUCUCCGAAUUGGACAAUGGGCGGCAUGCAACCAAGCGGAGAAAGUUGGCAUCGUUGUACUCAAUGAGCUCGCUAGUAAACUACGAAGCCACCAUUGAUGAAAUCAACAGUGAGCUAUGUGAGAAGAUGAACUCCUUUGCCACUACAGGGACACCGUUUCAAUUCCCGACGUGGAUGCAAUUCUAUGCUUUCGAUGUCAUCGGAAAAAUCACAGUUGGUGAAUCUUUCGGCUUCCUCCAAGCCGGAUCAGACUGGAACGGCAUCCUGGGUGCUAUCCAUGAUAGCAUGGUUUACGGCAGUCGGAUGGGAAUAUUUGCUGAAUUCCAUUGGAUUCUCUCGAAAAUUGCCCGAUGUCUCAGAAUCCCUAUCCCGUUUGAUCUAAUAUCCAACUAUAUUAUAGGGCAAAUCAAAGCAAGGUCAAACUCUGAUGGUACAUCGGACAAGCCGGGCACGGACUUUCUUUCCCAGCUCCUCAUUCGAUUUGAUGCCGAUAAAAUAAACUAUACGGAUCUUUUCAAUUCGAUUGGGGCGAACAUUGCUGCUGGCUCCGAUACCACGGCCAUCUCAUUGAGUGCAAUAUUUUAUUACCUUCUUAAAAAUCCAGAAAAGCUCCUGAGACUUGAAGAAGAGGUUGACACGGUAAUGCUGGGACUUGGAAGAUCUAGGGGUGAACCUGUUACCUACCGUGAGUCCCAGCAGAUGGCUUAUCUUCAGGCUUGUAUAAAGGAGGCACUACGCCUUCACCCUGCGACAGGCUACCCUCUCCUACGUGUGGUUCCGCAGGGAGGAGCUACUCUGGCUGGCAGGUUCUUCCCCCAAGGCACAUUGGUCGGGGCAAACCCUUGGGUCUCGCAACAGAAUGAAAGGAUAUAUGGACCAUAUCCUGGGUCUUUCCGACCCGAAAGAUGGUUAGAAGACAAAGACAAGGUUUCAAUCAUGGAAACAAACUUUCUCUCUUUUGGCGCCGGGGCUCGAACUUGCAUUGGGAAGAACAUCAGUCUUUUGGAAAUGUCAAAGGUUAUUCCUUGUAUUUUAAGGAAUUUCCACAUCCAGCUGGAGCAAUCUGAGCAGCCCUGGGAAACCAACACUGCUUGGUUCGUCAAGCAGAAGUUUCGAUGUCUAGUAAACCUGAAAAAAGAUGGUUUAGGUUCGAAUGGAAAAGGGUUGGAGGGUUAA